AACUUAAAAGUUUCGAUUCUCGUUUGAUUCGGAGUUUACUUCGUUUACUUUACUUUCAAACUACGACGCUUUUGAAUUGACGUUCCCAAAAACAAGUGGUUAUUUUAAAAUAUAUCUUGUUGAAGAUACGUUUUAUAUUUAUAUAUUGUAAGAUAGAUUGAAAGAAAAGAGAAAUGUACAGGUACUGUAAAUUAGAUGAUCCAGUCGUAGUAUGCCCUUAUAAUAAGUCUCAUUUAAUUGUCAAAUCUCGUCUUCAAAAGCACAUUGUUAAAUGCGAAAAGAACUAUCCUGAAGAUUAUAAAGUUAUGUGUCCUUAUGAUGCAACUCAUCGUUUGUCUCAAGAGGAAUUAAAAGAACACAUUAUGACUUGUCCCACACGUAAUGUACAGGAGUUUGAAACGUGUUCAGAAACAAAAAAUCAUGGGUAUGUCAAUUUUCCAAUGCCUUCGGAGGUUACUAGUACAGUUGAUGACACAGAAAAUUGGGAUUCAGAUCCAGAUACUUGUAACGUUGUUUUAGAAGAUGACAGUGUUUCAAAUAAUAAGUUUAACUUACGGAGAUAUGUCAAUGAAAAAGAAGAUUUGAGACCACCUCGUGGCUUUUCUGUAGCUAUGAUGAAAGAGUCCGAUGAGGAUUCAGCUAAUGAAGAUACUGAAUCAAUAAUUAGUACAUUGGGAAUUGGAAGAGGCAAACUUAUACAAAGAAAGAUACAAAUGAAACUACUUGAGAGGGGUAGAGGAAUUUCUCUGACAAGAGAUUGAUGAUGAGAAUAUUGAUAUUAU